AUGUCUGUUGCUACUCCAGUCAGUGGCUUGUUACCAAGGCAUUCUAGAAUAAGAGCGCGUGGCUUUGGAAGCAUAAGGAUUGGAAGCAAUGAAAAUCCACCACACAGGACAUCCUCGGAGAGUGAUUUGGGAAGGAACAAAGAUGAUGAAGCUGCCGGUAAUGAGACAAUGGAAGCUCCUUAUUCAUGUGAGAAGCAAGAUUCUGACAAACGAUCCAGAAAGAAGCGCUACCAUCGCCAUUCACAUGAUCAAAUCAUGGAGAUGGAGUCAUUCUUUAAAGAGUGCCCACAUCCAGAUGACAAACAAAGGAAAGAGCUGAGUCGCGAACUCGGGUUGGAUCCCAUGCAAGUCAAGUUCUGGUUCCAAAACAAGCGUACCCAGUCUCAACAUGAACGCCAUGAGAACAGUAUUUUAAGGGCUGAGAAUGACAAGCUUCGCGCAAACAACACUAGUUACAAGGAGGCACUAGCCAAUGCUUCAUGCCCUAGUUGUGGAAACCCUACUGCUCUUGGAGAAAUGUCCUUUGACGAACAACAGUUGAAUAUCGAGAAUACGCGAUUAAGAGAAGAGAUUCAAAAGAUGUCAGCAAUAAUAGCCAAAUGUGGUGGAAAACCUGCGAGUUCCUACCAUAACAUGCCAUCUCAAAACCAGCUGAUGUCUCCUCUCUCGUUUGAUCAGGGAGUUGGAAACUACGGAGCACAGACAGCGAUGGUAGGGGAAAUGUUUGGUGGCAAUGAACCUCUUAGGACACUCCUAAUUACUAAUGAUUUUGACAAAGACAUCGUUAUGGAGAUUGGUGGCGUAGCAAUGCAGGAACUCACAGCGAUGGCUGUGAAUGGAAAUCCUUUGUGGGUCCCUGCAAAUGGCUAUGAGAUUCUGAAUCAAGAUGAAUAUCUGGUGUUAUUCCCUAAGGGAAUAGGUCCAACACCCUUGGGCGUAAAAGUUGAAGCUUCAAGGCAUUCUGCAGUAGUCAUCAUGGAUUGCAAUAAACUCGUUGAGAUCUUUAUGGAUGUGGAUCAAUGGGCAAACAUGUUUUGCGGCAUCAUUUCAAGGGCAGUGUUACAUCAAGUUCUGGAAAUUGGUGGAAAAGAAAUCUUGGAUGGAGCCUGUCAAGUGAUGUCAGCUGAGUUCCAAGUCCCAUCACCGCUUGUUCCUAUCCGUGACGACUGUUUCGUGAGGUUCUGUAAGAGGAACUCCAGAGAAUCAUGGGUGAUUGUUGAUUUUUCCGUGGAUCAGCUGCGACCCAGUUCAUUCACAAAAACCCGAAGACGACCAUCUGGUUGCGUAAUCACAGCAUUGCCAAAUGGUUACUCAAAGAUUGUUUGGAUUGAACAUGUAGAACUGGACGAUAAUGAAGUGCAUGAUCUUUACAAAAACUAUGUUAAUUCUGGCCUUGCCUUUGGAGCUAAACGCUGGGUGGCAUCCUUAGAUAGACAAUGCGAACGUCUUGCCAGUGCAAUAGCCACCAACAUACCCCAAGGGAGCAUUGGUGUGUUUACCAAUCUUGAAGGAAGAAUAAGUACGAUGAAGCUGGCUGAGAGAAUGAUGUUGAGCUUUUGUACUGGUGUUGGUGCUUCUACUGCAAAUGCUUGGACACCGUUAACAGUUGGCAGUAAAGAUGUGAGGGUCAUGACCAGAAAAAGUGUGGAUGAUCCAGGCAGACCUUCCGGUACUGUGCUGAGCGCUGCAACUUCUUUGUGGCUCCCAUUUCCUUCAAGGACUGUUUUUGAUUUUCUGCGAUCUGAAUACUCAAGAAAUCAGUGGGACAUUCUCUCUAACGGAGGUCCAGUGCAAGAACUGGCACACAUUGCCAAUGGUCAUGAUACUGGCAACUGUGUCUCCUUGCUUCAAGUCAACACUGCGAAUUCCAGCCAAAGCAAUAUGAUUAUACUUCAAGAGAGUUGCACUGAUGCUACAGGCUCAUUUGUAGUAUAUGCUCCUAUUGAUUUAGCUUCAAUAAAUAUUGUGUUGAGAGGUGGAAAUCCUGAUUGUGUUGCCCUGCUGCCCUCGGGCUUUGCUGUUCUUCCUGAUGGGCCUGAACUGAUGAACAAUGGAGGGCACAUUCGUGAGGUUGGAUCUGGAGGCUGCCUUCUGACAGUGGCAUUUCAGAUAUUGGUUGAUUCUAUUCCAACCUCAAAACUCUCUGCUAGUUCAGUGACUACUGUUAGCAGUUUAAUCAAGUGCACAGUUGAGCGGAUCCAAGCUGCAGUUUGCAGUGGCGGAACCUAA